GAGAGAAGAGAGAGAGAGAGAGAGAGGAGGCGCACAGAGCCCAGAGCAUGUCGCCUCCUGUUGCUGCGCCUCACUGUGGGAUCUGCUGUCGACCUUUCAGACUGUACACAUGAACGCAGAAAGCUCUUUUUACGCGUUUACUCGCUAUGUGCGACCCGGAGGCUCGGCGGAGUGAACCAGCACGGCGUCUGUUCUGAGUCCGGAGGGGGAAAACCAGGAUCGUCUCUGCGGGGAUUUUUUUUUCUUUUUCUUUUUUCUUUUCUUUUUUUUUUUUUGGGACACAACUUAGCAGAGAAGUCGCUUGCUGCUGUUGCUUCCGCUGGAGGUGGUUUGUUCGGAGCUGUGUGCGGCAGAGAAAGUGUGAAGCAAGUGUCAGAAAGAGAGCAACAGAUGUUUUUCGUGGAUAUGCGGCCGGCUGAGGAAUGAGAGCAGCGGCGAGGCACCGGCGGCCCUUCCAGCGGUUCUGCUGCUGUGGAGUCGGGCUGGUCGCCGUCAUUUGGCUCACACAGGUUAUCCAGGCACCAGAGGCAGAGUCUUCUGGGUUUCGGCCAGGCGUGAACGGCGGGACGCUGCAAUGGACUCGUAGGCUGAUGCAGGAGAAGUCAGACAACCAGAGCCUGGAUCAGCCCCGAGCAGCUAUCCAUGAGUUUCCGGAGGACAUCUUUACCAAGGAGCAGAGGAAGAAGGGGGCUGUGUGUCUGCACGCACUCUGUGCCAUCUACAUGUUCUACGCUCUGGCCAUCGUCUGUGAUGACUACUUUGUCCCUUCCCUUGAGAAAAUAUCUGAGAAUCUGCAUCUCAGUGAAGAUGUGGCUGGGGCGACAUUUAUGGCUGCAGGAAGCUCUGCUCCAGAGCUCUUCACCUCUCUCAUUGGUGUUUUCAUCACUAAAGGAGACGUUGGAGUCGGCACGAUCGUGGGCUCUGCUGUCUUUAACAUCCUGGUCAUCAUCGGCCUGAGCGGGAUCUUUGCAGGCCAGACAGUGAACUUGACGUGGUGGUCUCUUUUUAGAGAUUCCACCUACUACAUCCUCUCUGUGCUGACUCUCAUCAUGGUUAUCUAUGAUGCCAAAGUUGUCUGGUGGGAGUCCUUGCUCCUCAUGACAAUGUAUGGAAUCUACAUUAUAAUCAUGAAGUUCAACUCCCAGAUUCUGGCGUUUGUGAUGCGUCAGCUGCGAAGCUUCAGGCCGUGCUGCCUCGGAUCAGAGGAUCACAGGGAGGAUAAGAUAGGAGAGGAUGCCUCCGCUUGCAACACCUCCAUGGUGCUGCUCAACAAAGGCCAAGCCCAGGAUCCACCACCAGUCAUUAUGGUGGAUGAGCUUCUCAUCCUCAACCCUCACAAGCUGUCCUUCUCUGAGGCCAGCCUGCGCAUCAUGAUCACCCCUCACUUCUCCCCCCGCACCAGGCUCUCCAUGGCAGGACGCAUGCUUAUCAGUGAGAGACAGAGGCUGAUCCGGACUUCGAAGAACCAGCGGGACGGUGAGGCUGGCCCCGGGUCAAGAGGUGGGUCAACAAGCAACAGCCUGAAGAGGUCCGGCUCCUGCAGUCUUGAGAAUGGAGGAGGGAGACCCGGGAUGGGAGACGCAGAGUUAGGAGACAAGCCAGGGGUCGAGGUGUGCCAGCCAGAGGAGGAGGAAGAGGAUGAGGAUGGGAUUUUCAGCCCUGUGCGCAUACCAGGUGGCUGCUGCGCACGGGUAAAGUGGGUGAUCACGUGGCCUCUAGGCCUCCUGCUCUACUGCACUGUGCCUAACUGCGUUCUGCCACGUUGGCACCGCUGGUUCAUGGUCACCUUUGUGGCCUCUACCCUGUGGAUCGCCGUCUUCUCCUACCUCAUGGUGUGGAUGGUCACCAUCAUCAGCUUCACACUAGACAUCCCAGACUACAUCAUGGGCAUAACCUUCCUGGCAGCAGGGACCAGCGUGCCAGACUGCAUGGCAAGUCUGAUUGUAGCUCGACAAGGCAUGGGGGACAUGGCAGUGUCUAACUCCAUAGGCAGCAAUAUCUUUGACAUCCUGCUGGGUUUGGGUUUCCCCUGGGCUUUGCGUACCCUUGUGGUGGAGCACGGAUCAUCAGUCUCCAUAAAUAAUAAAGGACUGGUGUAUUCUGUCGUCCUCCUGCUGGCGUCUGUGUUUCUGACAGUGAUGAGUGUUCAUCUGAACCACUGGAGGCUGGAUCGCCGGCUGGGUCUGGGUUUGAUGUUUCUCUAUGCCAUCUUCCUGCUCUGCUCCAUCCUCUUCGGGCAGAUGUGAGGCCUUAAGGUCAAAGGUCAACCCUGUCAGACAACAUGCUGAGUACCUACCUUUCUACCACCACAUCCUCUUUCCUGAAGCCAAACAAAAAAAAAAAAAAGAGUGACAGCACUGUUGUGUUCCUUGUGAGAGUUUCUGUGCACAAGGAUUUGCUAGGGUGAUGCCGUACACAUGCAACUACACAAACACACAAUGAAGUCUUUUAUCAGUAGCACAGUUGUUUUUUCCUCCUUCUCGUACAGUGCAGUGUUUGAAAGCAGUCAGUCUUUUAUGUAUCAAAUCGGGUGACAAAAAAAUACUGAAUGACAUGGCAGAUGGAAGCGGCAGGAUUGUUGAGCCUUUAGUUACAGUAUGAAACGGGAACAACAAAAACAAACAAAGAAAACAAUUUGUUCUGAUCCUCAUUAGCUAGGAUUUUGCGCUGUGUUGUGGCUGUGUAACGGCUGACUAAUAUUUUGAUAUAAUUAAUAACGCAACUGAGCUAAAAUUUCAGUUCCAUCCCGUAAAAACUGUGACAUUACAUGGCAACAUUUGUUGCCAAAAGCAUCAAUCCCGCUAAAACUCGACCUAGCUAUCUUACCAGCCAGCUAACUAGCACACUACAAAUCUAAACCGCUUUUGCUUGAUAAUUGCUUUUUGAAUAAAUUGUGCUAUCACUAUUUCAUUAAAGCAAUAAGCCACUAGAAGUAACACACAUUCACAAACGUAGAUUAUGCACUUCACGUUUAUUGUUAAUUUCCUGUGUAGUGAGCGUAAAUGGAAAAAGGCUUAAUGACACAAAGGUCUCGUUCUCUCGUCACUGGAGCUCUUUUCCUCCAAGUCUACUGUUCAGUUUAUUUAUUUAUAUUUUUAAUGUUCAUGUUCUGAAUGCUGCUGAGGCCAAGCAAAUAAUUUACAGGGUUGUUAGCUCUGGCUUUAUUAACAACACAGCAAAUAAAAGUCAUUUCUUGUAGAGAAUAAGUUGUAUUAGCCUGCAUCUUCUCUGCCGCUGUAUCCUUAUAUUGCCUCCUUAGGAUUGGUCAGUAGCAAAUGUUUUUAGAGACAGAAAUAAAACCGUUUGAGCAGGGUACGAAGAGACAGCUGCAGUUACAAUUUGCUGCAGGUGAAAGUGAGACGACCCAGUAAAACACCCUACCUGGCUACAGUUUAGAACAAAUUGUCCUCAAUAUAAGUCAGGGACCAGGAUGUAUGAAAAGAGGCUGAACUUCACAGGUGGCUGUGGUAACUUUUAUUUAACUCAAUAAACAGCUUAAGGAGAAAUGAAAGAUGAAGCAUUUUUUCUCUGCUGAUUUCACAGAAAAAAAAGUGGUACUUUAAUCUGCCAUGUCAUGACCAGAUUAAUUGAAUUGUCCUUUGGCCUUAGGUUUGAAUACCCUUGUAUGUUCUGAAUGUACACCCUAGCUGACUUUACCAUUAGUGUGGACAUAUUUACAUGCAUUCAAAUGUAGCAGGCGGCACUGAAUUACAGCAAAAGACCUCUGAGCAGACAGUGAGGUACUUUAGUCCUACAACUAAGGACACCUUGUACUUGUCAGACAACUUUUAGAAUAGAAACAUUGAUAUGAAAAUGCACAUUAUUGUGACAAUACUUUGACGAUUUUGCCUCACUACUUAUAAGCAAGUAUUGGUACAGCUAAAUGUACGUAAAACGAUUAACCUAGUGUUGCAGUAUUUUUAGAGGUCUUAUUACUAUGAAAUCUAAUAUAUAAUGUACUUCUAUGAGUGUCACAAAACUUUGAUGACUUUGAGUGCAGGUUAGUUGUAAUUCUUCACGUUUAGGUACGACAAUCGAUGUUUGUAUUGUUUUCUUGUACAUUUUAUGAGAUUAUUUCACUUUGGUGGAACAUUUUUACAGUGAGCACAAACGCUGAUCAGGACAGAUGCAGAACAAUAUAUACUCAUACAUAUACACAUAUAUAUACUGUGUGUGUGUGAGCAUGUGUGUUAUGGCAAAUAAUGCUGCAUAUUCCGUAUUCAUAUGUACCAGCUGCUCUUCUGUCCUGUAGGAAAACAGACCAAUCUGGAUUCAUUCCCAUAAUACAUAGAUUUUUUUUUUUUUAAGUUUUUUUAUUUUGAGGACAUGUAGUCAGUUUUUGGUAUUUACUGUUAUUGAACCCGUGAAUUCAAGAUAUAUGUUCCACCAAAGGGAUGAGGAUUUUGGUCAUUUUUUUUUUUCAAAUGGCUGUAUAAUUAUUAUCAUUGUCUACUUGACGAUACUUUUUACUGUUUGUAAAUGUUAAAUAAUUGACAUAGUUUUACAAUAAUGAAUGUCUGACAGAGACUAGUUUUGUGGUGUUUUUGAUAUUUUUUAAAAAGAAAGUACAUAAUGUAAGCCUACUUGUGAAUUAUUAUAACAGAAUGAAUGCAUAUUUUGUCACUUUGUUUAGUGGAAUAUGUAGGCUGUAACGUCAGACUAGCACUCCGUUUGUAAUGAAUACAGUUGCAGUUGUGUCUUUUCAUCUUCAAAUCUUUUCAGCUCUAAGAUUUUCUUUUAUUUCAGUAUUGAUUCAUUGACGUACUCAACUUCAUUUCAUGCAAGGAAACAGAAAAUUAGACCCCCAUUUCCAGGUUGAAAGUAAGUAGAAGAAAGCAAAAUUAUUUUUUAAAAUGUUUCAAAGAGCAGCUUGAAUAUUCAAAUUUGUGAGUGUAUGAGCAGCUAAUCUGAGUUUUUCUUGUUUCAGUAGCCGAAAUCAGUUUUUCACUUCAAACUGACAGUUUACUAAAAUCAUUCACCCCUUUUUACUGGAGAAAUACCGCGUAAUUUAAAUGACAGUAAGUAUUCACCCCUUUUCCCACUAAAUUGUCUCAAAAACAUUUAAGUCUUUCAUCUAUUAUUCAUACUUUUAGCAACAGUUUAAAAGUGUAGUUACAUUUUGUCACAUCUGCUCAAAUGUUAUGCCAAGAGUUUUGAUAACAGAUCUCAUCAGUUCAUCUUAAUGGGGUUUUAGGGUGAUGGAUGACUUUUAAAAUGUCAGAGCAAAAAAAAAGAAAGUGUGAUAGUUAUCCUGUAAAUGUCUGUCAAGGUUUGAGAAAUAGUUUGCGCGUAGAGUUUUUGCAUGUCAUUCACCGUUGACUAAAAACUCUUGGUCAAAGCUGAAAUGACAAGGUGAUUAAUUGUUUAGUUGAUCAACAGAAAAUUACUUGAUGUAAUCAAUUAUUUGUUCAAGUCAUUUAUCAAGCAAAAAUGUCAAACGUUCACAGGACAAAGCUACAGGAUUUGGUGCUUCUCUCUUUGAGAUUGUGACCACAUCAGGUAAUUUAUGGACUAAAAGAUUAAUUAAUUGGAAAUAUAAUUACAGAUUAAAAUGUAAUGAAAAUAAUCAUUAGUUCCUUACUUUUAAUUUGGCAUUUUUAGGGAUUGUUUUUUUUUUCAUUACCUAAGGGAGAAACUGUAUUUUCAUAUCCUCACCAUCUCCAUUUUUGUUAAACAUCCUCAACGACCUCAACCAUCACAACUCAUUGUAUUUUACCAAGUGACAACUCCCAGCAGUAUUUUCACUCAGCUGCUCGGAGUCUCUGCUGAAAGCUCUUGUAUUCAGAUCUAGUAAUAAUUUCAAUACGCUAGUCAUGGCUAACGGAAGACACAACAGCAUAAAACCAAACAUUUGAACUCUAGUACUUGUUGUGGUUUCACAGCACCCAGAGGAUGUUCUGUCUUAUUCUGCUGAGACGUUGGAGGUAGAAGAUAUUUUAGAGCUAAAACUUAGUGCUUUAGAGGUCGUAUUGGAUCAUAGAAGACUGUUGUAUCUUGAGUGCAAUAAAAAAAAUGUGCAA